GCGUUUAUAUCCAACAAGGCUUUAGUUUAGGUCGUUGGCUUUGGAUUAUAUGGAUUUGACAGAUUACCACAUUUCUAAUAAAAUACAUAUUGCCUGCGAGAUUCAACGCUUCAUUCUUUUGGAUCUAAUGUAAAGGAGAAGAGAUGGAUACAGCGGAAAGCCAAGGCACUUUACUGGACAGGAGAGUCUCCAUUUUGCUACUUGCUAUUGUUGCCACCGUGAAUGGACAAAUCCGUUAUUCGGUCCCAGAGGAGAUGAGGAAAGGGCUGUUCGUCGGAGACGUUGCAAAAGAUCUAGGCUUGGAUGUGAAAAGGUUGGUUUCUGGUCGGGCUCGACUUGUUAUUGACGACGAUAGCCAGUAUGUCGUGCUGAACCAGAACAAAGGCCAUAUUGUUGUGAACGAAAGAAUUGACAGAGAAAAAUUAUGCGCCAAGAAAUCUCCGUGUAGCUUUAGUAUAGAAAUUGUCCUCGAAGACCCGCUUGAAUUGUUUUCUAUUACGAUCGAAAUACAGGAUGUAAAUGACCAUGCUCCUGUUUUUCCGAAAAAGGAAAUUAAUUUGGACAUUAGUGAAUCGACGCCCACGGGUACUGUAUUCUUGCUCGAUAGCGCAGCUGAUCCUGACGUAGGAAUAAACUCACUGCAGAGUUACUCUCUAAAAGCAAAUGAUCACUUUGUUCUUAAGCAACACACUCGAGUAGAUGGAAGUAAAUAUGCUGAAAUGGUGCUUCAGAGUGCUUUGGACCGCGAGGAGCAAAGCAAACAUACGCUCAUAUUAAUGGCUGUGGAUGGUGGCGAGCCGCAGAGAUCAGGGACCGUGAAGAUUCACGUCACAGUUCUGGACGCAAACGAUAACGCACCCGUGUUUACGCAGUCUUUAUACAAAGCAUCUGUCUUGGAAAAUGUUUUGCGAGGCACCGUUAUUGCGAGAGUUAGUGCUGUUGAUGCGGAUCAAGGUUACAAUGGCAACGUUACUUAUUUUUUCACCCAUCUGGAGGAGGAUUCCCCGUGUCCCUUCGAAAUAGACACAUACACAGGAGAGGUUAAACUCACCGGUGACAUUGAUUACGAGGUUUCACCAUAUUACGAAAUAAACCUUCAAGCAAAAGAUCCAUGGGGUGUUGUUGGCGCCAGUAAAUUGGUUAUUGAGGUAGCAGAUGUGAAUGAUCAUAGUCCAGUAAUUACAUUGGCUUCCUAUUCGGGUAAGAUUUCAGAGGAUUCUGCUCUUGGAACUGUUGUUGCAUUGAUCAGCGUACAAGAUAAAGAUUCUGGUAAAAAUGGACAGGUUCAUUUAAAUAUAGACGGAAAUCUCCCUUUCAAAAUCAAAUCAUCACUUAGAAGCUAUUACACGCUGGUCACGGAGAAAAACCUCGACCGAGAAAACCGUUCCAAGUACAAUAUCACACUUACUGCCACAGAUGAGGGCUCACCCGCAUUAACGAGCAGUAAAACUGUGGUUUUAGACGUAACUGAUGUCAAUGACAACGUACCGGCUUUCAGUCAGAGUGUUUACAGCACGUUGUUAAUGGAGAACAAUUCUCCUGGUGUAGCUUUGUUGCAGAUCCAUGCAACCGAUCCAGAUCAGGACCAAAACGCACGCAUAUCAUAUUUUAUUAUUGACAGUGAGAUUAAUGGAAAUCCGGUUUCUUCAUAUUUCUCAAUAAAUGCGGAAAGUGGCGUGAUUCAGGCCUUGCGAUCAUUUGACUAUGAACAAACUAAAGAAUAUAAGAUGCGAGUUAAAGCACAAGAUGGAGGGUCGCCACCAUUGAGUAGUAACACAACAGUUAUUGUUCGUGUCCAGGAUCAGAACGACAACCCACCUCAGGUUCUGUACCCAGUCCAGACUGGUGGCUCUGUGGUGGGUGAGAUGGUGCCUCGUUCAGCAGAUGUGGGCUAUCUGGUCUCUAAAGUGGUGGCUGUUGAUGUGGACUCCGGACAGAAUGCCUGGCUCUCCUAUAAACUCCAGAAAGCCACAGACAGGGCGCUGUUUGAAGUGGGCUUACAGAAUGGAGAAAUAAGAACCAUCCGGCAAGUGACUGAUAAAGAUCCUGUCAAUCAAAAACUGACUGUUGUAGUGGAGGACAACGGACAGCCCUCUCGUUCAGCUACAGUCAUUGUUAACGUGGCGGUGGCGGACAGCUUCUCUGAAGUGCUGUCGGAGUUCACUGACUUUACGCAGGACAAGGAGUACAAUGACAACCUGACUUUUUACUUAGUGUUGGCUCUGGCUGUAGUUUCCUUCCUCUUCAUCACGUGUUUAGUGGUUAUUAUCUCAGUGAAAAUCUACAGAUGGAGACAGUCUCGCGUCCUGUAUCACUCCAAUCUCCCUGUGAUUCCAUAUUAUCCACCACGCUACUCAGACACUUUGGGGGGAACAGGGACUCUCCAACACGUGUACAAUUACGAGGUGUGCAGGACGACUGACUCCAGAAAGAGUGACUGUAAGUUCGGCAGAGCUGGUAGUCAGAACGUGCUGAUAAUGGACCCCAGUUCUACAGGAACGAUGCAGCGGAUGCAGAGUGAAAAGAGCAUCCUGGAUGAGCCAGACUCUCCUCUAGAGGUUAGUUAA